AUGGUCGAGGAGGGCUUUAUAAAGCCGGAGCUUCAAGACUCGCAGCAUCAGUUGAAACAUUUCGAGAGACUCUUUCGGUACAAAGUUAAGUUCAAUAAAAAAUCAUACAAGAUGAUCUUCCCCGUGGCCCUCAUUUCUACGUGUUUCCUAAUUUCUGCCUGCCUUGGAUCGACGACGUCGAAAACAGAAAGCAUAGAUUUUCCAGAUCCUUGUCCACGAGACCAAAAAGAAUUCCAUGUCCUCCGCGAAAUCCAACUUCCAGGCUCAGACCCGUUUGAAGUGAAUUGUAUUUCCCAUUCGAUAUUUGGAUCUGGAUGGUUAAGUGUUUUUAAUAAACGUCAUCGUGCACCAAUGAAUACACACACGUAUGAGGACUUUGAACGUGGAUAUGGCGAUAUAGUAACUAGUUUCUUGAAUGAGUUCUUUAUUGGACUUAACCGAUGGCACCAUCUGACGAAUGGCAAGCCUCAUGAAGUGCUUUUAAACACCUAUCCAAGACCAAUCAGAUGCGACAACUUUGUUGUGGGCGAUCAAAGAGAAGGUUACAAAGUGAAAAAUAUUGGCAAUUGUUCUGGAAGCGAUGUAUGGAUGAUCCCUAAGCAGGACUCAAAAUUUUCCACCUUCGAUCGAGAUGAGGAUGGAGAUCCUGGUCGUAAUUUAGCGAAGGAAGUGGGCUAUGGCUGGUGGUUCGAUCCUAGUAUGAGCCCCAAGAGCCCCGAUUCAAGCUAUUCCUUUUACAUUUAUAUCCGAAGAACAGAUUGAAAAAAAAGCCUUUUAAAACUGACUUGGAAAACGAAACAUUUUUGAAAACUAUAUGAUAUCUUAAUAUACACUAAAAUAUAAUUAUAUUAUUGCUAAUA